AUGGCUGAUCCAGGCCCCAGAAUGAAUGUCUUCUCACUGGGUGAGCUGCAUUGGCUAUUCUUCCUGCUCUGCCCAAGUUGCAUCACCACCAAGCUGGCCUUCCUGUCACUUGAGCCCACCUACUUGGUAUUGGCACCAAGGCAGCAUGGUGCACUGCUCCAGUGCACCUGUCCUGGCCUGGCUGCUGCCACUGCCCAGAGACCCAGUAGUCCAAGAAGUGCAGGCAUGCAUCCCAUCAAGUGCAGCCUGCACCUGAGUGAGCACACCAACUGGCUGUACUCACAAUGCAACCUGGAUGCCAUCAAAGUCUUCUUCUCACACAUAGCCCAGGAAAAUUGUCUCAGCUGCAUAUUCAAGCACUGCACACCCUCCAGCUACUACAUCCUGCUCUUCUUGGGCAGCAAGACCAUGCACCUGGGUCAGAUGUGCAGCUUCUACAUUGGAAUUAACUCAUGCAUCAACUGCAACAUCUCCUAUGACAACUUGGACUAUGGCAUCAGCUUGGGCAAGUCCUCCAAGAAGAACCUCCAUGCCAACAUUGACACCAUGUGGCAGGCAAUGAGCACAUGGUAUGGCAUAAAUCCUGAGAACAUCAUUCUGAACAUUCAGAACGUUGGGACCAUCCACUUACUUCAUUCUUCAUGA